GUUUCAACCCUCAACCCCUCCCCCCUUAUUGAACCUCUCCGAGAAGGGCAACCUUCGCCUUGUCUCUCUCGCUUUGUUCCCUCGGACACAACCUCGGUGUCUCUUACUCCGCCAUGGCCGUCGAGAAGAAGCAACCGCUCCAGACCAGCACCGCCCACAACUCCGCCGUAGGCGGCGCCACGGCCUCCCCUGGGGCCCCCAAUAAGACCAUCGAAGAGAUGUACCAGAAGAAGACCCAGCUGGAGCACAUCCUCCUCCGCCCCGACACCUACAUCGGCUCCGUCGAGAAGCACACCCAGACCCUCUGGGUCUACGAGAAUGGUGAGAUGGUCUGCCGCCCCGUCACCUACGUCCCGGGCCUCUACAAGAUCUUUGACGAGAUCCUCGUCAACGCCGCCGACAACAAACAGCGGGAUCCGUCGAUGGACUCCGUCAAGGUGGACAUCGACGUUGCCGGGAACUGCAUCAGUGUCUACAACAACGGGGAUGGAGUUCCCGUCGAGAUCCACCAGGAGGAAGGGGUCUACGUGCCCGAGAUGAUUUUUGGGCACCUGCUGACCAGUAGCAACUACGACGAUAACGUCAAGAAGACGACUGGUGGGAGGAACGGAUACGGGGCCAAGCUCACUAACAUCUUCUCGACGGAGUUCGUCAUCCAGACUGCGGAUGGGAGGAGGAAGAAGAAAUACAAGCAGGUUUUCUCAGAGAACAUGGGACAGAAGUCUGAGCCCUCCAUUACCAAGUGCAAGGAAUCAGAAAACUGGACUAAGAUCACUUUCAAGCCGGAUUUGGCCAAAUUUAACAUGACCCAUCUAGAAGAUGAUGUGGCUGCGCUAAUGAAGAAGAGAGUUGUUGACCUAGCAGGGACCCUUGGCAAAUCUGUCAAGGUUGAGUUAAAUGGACAGCGGAUUCCUGUGAAAUCAUUCAGUGACUAUGUCAACCUAUACCUUCAAUCUGUUUCUAAGUCCAGACCUGAGCCUCUUUCAAGGAUUUCAGAGAAAGUUAAUGAUAGGUGGGAGAUUUGUGUUAGCUUAAGCGAAGGGCAAUUCCAGCAGGUCAGCUUUGUAAAUGGGAUCGCCACGACCAAAGGAGGAACCCAUGUGGAAUAUGUCACUAACCAAAUCACGAGCCAUGUGAUGAACAUUGUAAAUAAGAAGAACAAGAAUGCUAACCUCAAAGCCCAUAAUGUGAGAAGCCAUUUAUGGGUGUUUGUCAAUGCACUUAUCGACAAUCCAGCCUUCGAUUCACAGACAAAAGAAACCUUAACUACUCGUCAAGGAAGCUUUGGAUCAAAGUGUGAGCUCUCACAGGAGUUUCUUAAAAAGGUCGGGGUGGCCCGACUCCCACUCUUUCUCCUCUCAUGGGCUGAUUUCAAGCAGAGUAAGGAAUUGAAGAAGACAGAUGGAACCAAGAGGCAGAGAAUUACAGGCAUUCCUAAACUCGAGGAUGCUAAUGAUGCUGGUGGAAGGAACUCUGAGAAGUGUACCUUGAUUUUGACAGAGGGAGAUUCAGCAAAGGCCCUUGCUAUGGCUGGUAUCUCCGUAGUUGGAAGGAACUACUAUGGUGUGUUCCCUCUGAGGGGUAAGCUACUGAAUGUGAGGGAAGCAAGCCACAAGCAGAUAAUGGAAAAUGCAGAAAUCCAGAACAUAAAGCAAAUUCUUGGUUUGCAGCAUGGGAAGGAGUAUGACAGCACAAAAGGUUUAAGAUAUGGACAUCUCAUGAUAAUGACCGAUCAGGAUCAUGAUGGUUCCCACAUAAAGGGCCUCCUGAUUAACUUCAUCCAUUCAUUUUGGCCAUCACUGCUUAAAAUCCCAUCAUUCAUGGUUGAGUUCAUCACACCUAUAGUGAAGGCAACUCAUAGCAAAAACAAGACUGUUCUGCCGUUCUACUCCAUGCCUGAGUAUGAAGCAUGGAAAGAAAGAUUGGGAGGGAAUGCAAGUGGUUGGUCUAUUAAGUAUUAUAAGGGGUUGGGAACAAGCACGUCAAAAGAAGGAAAGGAAUAUUUCCAUGAUAUUGACAAGCAUAAAAAAGAUUUCAUAUGGGUGGAUGAUCAAGAUGGAGAUGCUAUUGAAUUGGCAUUCAGCAAGAAAAAAAUUGAGGCAAGGAAAAACUGGCUUCGUCAUUUUGAGACUGGGACAUAUCUUGAUCAAAGGCAGAAGCACAUCAAAUACAGUGAUUUCGUGAACAAGGAGCUGAUAUUGUUCUCUAUGGCGGAUUUGCAGCGGUCGAUACCAUCAACGGUUGAUGGUCUGAAACCAGGCCAGAGAAAAAUUUUGUUUUGCUCAUUUAAGAGGAAUUUUGUCAAGGAAGCUAAGGUUGCUCAAUUCUCUGGUUAUGUUUCAGAGCAUUCGGCCUACCAUCAUGGUGAACAGAGUCUUGCUAGCACUAUUAUUGGAAUGGCUCAAGACUUUGUUGGUAGCAACAACAUAAACCUUCUGCAACCUAAUGGACAAUUUGGCACCAGGCACCAAGGAGGCAAAGAUCAUGCCAGUGCAAGAUACAUCUACACUCGCUUAUCACCCCUGACCCGAUUCUUGUUUCCCAAGGACGACGAUAUGCUUCUUGACUAUUUAAAUGAAGAUGGGCAAUCAAUUGAACCAACUUGGUACAUGCCCAUUAUACCUUUGGUUUUAGUCAAUGGGAGUGAAGGGAUUGGUACUGGAUGGAGUUCCUUCGUUCCUAAUUACAACCCAAGAGACAUUGUUGCUAAUGUCAGACGGCUGUUAAAUGACGAGCCAAUGCAGCCCAUGGACCCAUGGUACAGGGGUUUCAAAGGUCUGAUUGAGAAAUCAGCAACAAAGGAAGCUGGUGUUACGUACACCAUCACUGGUCUCAUUGAGGAAGUCGACAGCACAACAUUGAGAAUCACAGAACUGCCAAUACGCAGAUGGACUCAGGAUUAUAAGGAAUUUCUCGAGUCAAUGAUGACUGGGAAUGAUAAGAUUAAGGAACCAUUUAUCAAGGACUACCGAGAGCACAAUGAUGACAUUAAUGUACAUUUUGAGAUUAUUUUGACUGAGGAGAAGUUGAAAAUGGCCAAAGAAGAAGGGCUUGAGAGAAAAUUUAAGCUCACUACAACUAUCAGCACUACUAAUAUGCACCUGUUUGAUUCAGAGGGUGUCAUCAAGAAAUAUGACACACCAGAACAGAUUCUCGAAGACUUCUUUCAUUUGAGGCUUGAAUUUUAUGCAAAAAGAAAGAAAGUGCUCUUGGACAAUCUUGAGAUGGAUUUGCUGAAGCUGGAUAACAAAGUCAGAUUCAUUCUUGGUGUAGUUAGAGGUGAGAUAAUAGUCAGUAAUCGGAAGAGAGCAGAUUUGUUCCUCGAGCUGCAGCAAAAAGGGUUCACUCCUUUCCCAAAGAAAUCAAAGGGCAUUGAUGCUGCCAUUGCUGGCGCCACGGAAGAAGAUGACAAUGAAGAGAGCCCAGAAGUAGCAGCAAGAGCUACUGAUUAUGAGUAUCUGCUUUCCAUGGCCAUAGGAACCUUGACAUGGGAAAAGGUUCAGGAGCUCUGUGCAGAUAGGAAGAAACUAGAAGGUGAGGUUGAGGAACUCAAGAAGUCCUCACCAAGGGAUUUAUGGAUGAAAGAUCUUGAUGAUUUUGAAAGGGAGCUUGAUGAGCUAGAACGAAAAGAUGCUGAGGAAGGAAUGAAACGAGAGACUAGAACGAAGAACAUCACUGGCGCUGCUGUCUCUAGACAAGGACCAAAGAAGCCAAGGAAGAACAAUGCGAAUAACUCCUCUAGUAUAUCAAAUGUUACCUCAACUGAUGCAGGCAAUGCUCCUGAGCCAUCAAAACUAAAAGCUAGAGGAGGCGCAAAGAAAGCUCCUGCUAAGAAGGUUAUGGUGGUUGAGAGUGAUGAAGAUGAAGAAGUACUUGCAUUAAAAGACCGGCUGGCUGCUUAUAACCUUGAUUCUUCCCCAGAUCAAUCUGCCAUGGAAGCUGAAGCAGCACUAAGCCAGCGAGAACAUAGAAAGAAGGAACCUAGCAAAAGGACAGCUUUAAGGAAGGCUCCAUCGACCUUUACGGAGAUUUCUGAUGGUGAUGAUGUCGAAGAUAACAUGCCGAUCGUUGGAGAAGAUGACGAUGAGGAUUUUGAGUUGGCGGAAGCCCCUAAAGGAGGGCAAGCUAGAGGAAGAAAGCCUGCAAAUGAGAAAGCAAAGCGAGGGAAAGCGACCACAACCACGAGAAAGAGGGGAGCUGCACAGAGCAAGCCAGUUCUGAGCCAGAAGCUGAUUACUGAAGUGCUGAAGCCGGUGGAGAAUGCUGGGAUUUCACCCGACAAGAAGGUGAGGAAGAUGAGGGCCUCUCCUUUCAACAAGAAAAGUGGGCCUGUGUUGGGUAGGACUGGAAGUUCUCCUACUGAUAGUGAAGAGUCUGGCAGUCACUCAUCCGGUAGCCCAGCAGAGAUGAAUGAGGUUCCAGUAGCAGCGCCUCGACCAAAGAGGGGGAACAGGAUAAGAGCCGUGUAUAUGGAGAGUGAUUCUGAGAUGGAAGAUGGUGAACCUACGACUGAUGAUUCAGAUUUUGAGGAGGAAGAAGAUUAGGUUGUUGGUUAGUUUCAUGACCCAACAGUAUUAGUGAAAUUUAUAAAUUCCUUAUUGCUCGUUGUUUUCAUGGCAUUUUUCAUGUAUCCGUGGCUUUCGAGCUUAGAUACUGUAAAAUCUCUGUUGUAUUAGAUGCUGUUUCUUUAAUUUCUUGCAGUUGCAUUGUGUUC